AAAAGAAAUAAUUAAUUUCCUUUCAUUUCUCCGUUCAAUCUCCGUUGAUCUCUCCCGCGCGAUUCCAUUCGGUUGGCGGGCGAGAGUUGGGGAAAAUCCAAAAUGAGUGAGGUGUUCGAAGGUUAUGAACGCCAAUACUGCGAGCUCUCCGACAAUUUGACCCGCAGCUGCACCUCCGCCAGCGUUCUUCAUGGAGAGCUGAAGAAGCAGAAACUUUCUGAAAUAAAAGAGGGACUGGAUGAAGCUGAUGCUUUGAUUCGGAAAAUGGACCUUGAAGCAAGGAGUUUGCAGCCAAGCAUAAAGGCAACACUUCUUGCUAAAUUAAGAGAAUAUAAACAUUAUCUGAACAACUUGAAGACUGACGUUAAAAGAAUUACUUCAACCGAUACAAAUCAGGCCGCCCGAGACGAGUUGUUGGAGUCGGGAAUCGAUGGAACAACGACGGUCUCUGCUGAUCAAAAAGGCAGAUUAUUGAUGUCAACAGAGAGAUUAAACCAGUCUACUGAUAGAAUUAAGGAAAGCAGAAGAACAAUGCUGGAAACUGAAGAGCUUGGUGUUUCAAUCCAACAGGAUUUGCAUCAACAACGCCAAUCUCUCCUUCAUGCGCAUAGCACGCUCCAUGCAGUAGAUGACAACAUUAGCAAGAGCAAGAAGAUCCUGACAACCAUAUCAAGAAGGAUUAACAAGAACAAAUUGAUAUUGAGUUCAAUAAUCGGAGCUCUAAUUCUUGCCAUAUUAAUUAUCCUAUAUAUUAAGCUCGUGGGUUAGCAUGCUUGCCUGACCUUUGGUUGUUCAAAAUGUCUAAUUGUUUUAUAGACUACGCAUAUGUUUAACAUCUGGUUCCCUUUUUCUUUUCAUUUUAUUUUAUUUUAUUUUAUGUGAUGGGAUAUGGAAAGUCUCUAUUA